AUUGGCUGCCCAGUGGGAUUCCUGAAAAAUGUCGCUGACACCAAACCCCAAAAUGCUUGUAAUAUUUGUUAAAAGUCAAGAAAAUUUGGUCGAGAUUUUCUGCCGACACAAGGCGUCCAUAUUAAAGUCUUGAGUCACACGCUAAGGCAAGUGCAUCAAUCAGUCAAACUAAAAAAAAAGGAACAUCUGCCAGUCUGUAAAUGCUCAGAGGUGAUCCAAGACAUUUUCUCCGCAGACCACAUCAGGACUGCUUCUGUGACCUUUGGCUCCCAACCUCUUGACCUGAGCUUUGUCCUGCCGUCAGGUGCCAGCUUGCUUUGCAUGAUCAUCGAGAUUCCUUCAAGAUAGACUCUCCCAAAGAAGGGGGCGCCCUUUGUCCAUGCGGUACAAAGGAAGGAAGACCACUAAUGGCGCUUGCUGAGUCAUCACAGAGGCUGAAUUUAUACUGCUAAUUCUGAUUUAGAGCCUGCACUAUUUCUGCUUUAAAGUGGCUUAAAUUUACUGAAUACCAAAAAGGACCAGCAUGAAUAUUAGAUCAUUGUAUUCUAAUUAAUGGUCAAGACAUCUCCAAGCUUUCACAGUAGUUUGGAUUGACCAUUGAUGUGUAUUUUGGGCAGACGUGUAUGCAGGGGGUUCUUGGUUUACGACGGAGUUCUGUUCCUGUCCGUAGCGACGUGACCCACAUUUAUCGGGAACUGGAAUUUCACAAUCCAAAUCACGAUUGACCAAUCCGCAUCGCUGCGAGACAAACCGAACUGAAAUGUAAUGCUUGGUGGAAUCAAGGCUUUAGAAUGAUCCAGAAGUAGGAACUCAGGUGUCCAACCCCUACCUGUUCCAACACGACAAUGCACUAGUGCACAAAGCAAGGUCCAUAAAGACACACACUCCUAAACCUUGUGGAAUGCCUUUCAGGAAGGGGUUGAAGCUGUCAUAGCUACAAAGGGUGGACCAACGUCGUAUUAAACACUAUGAAUUAGGAAUGUGAAGACAGGUUCUCUAAGAUGGCACACUUCAUUGCACUGCCGAAACUCCCCUCAGCUAAAGAAGCUGGCAAGUUGAUGAUAAACCAGGUAUUCAAGUUUCAUGAUUUUCCCAAGAAUGUGGUAUCUGAUAGGGGCCCCCAAUUCGUUUCACGAUUUUGGAAGGAGUUUUGCAGUUUUAUAGGUGCUACCAUCAGUCUGUCAUCUGGAUUUCAUCCUGAAACCAACGGACAAACUGAGAGGCUGAACCAGGACCUGGAGACUGUGCUCCGAUGUCUCGCUUCACAGGAGCCACAAUCCUGGACUCAGAAGCUGCCCCCAAGUCCACGGUUCCAUCUGCAUUGACCUUGGUGAGACGCUGCAGGAGGACCUGGUCGCGAGCGCGCCGAAUGCUGCUACGCCAAGGACGGUCCUACAAGACCGCAGCUAACCGUAGGAGGACACCGGCCCCGAACUACAAAGUGGCCUUGCGAUGUCCUCACGUUAUCCCAGGACGAUCCUUCCGGACCAGCGCCAGAUGCGCCAACAAGCAAGACUUGUACGAGGUGCUGGGCGUCGCCCUCACCGCCUCACAAAAGGACAUCAAAAAGGCAUAUUAUCAGUUGGCAAAGAAGUACCACCCAGACACGAACCCAGAUGACCCGGAGGCCAAAGAGAAGUUCGCCAAGCUGGCCGAAGCCUACGAGGUGUUGAGCGACGAGGUGAAGAGGAAGCAGUACGACACGUACGGCUUGGCGGGCUUCGACGCGAACCGCGUGGGCCAGCAGCAGCACUACAGAGCGGGCAGCGCCAACGUAGACCCAGAGGAGCUCUUCAGGAAGAUCUUCGGGGAUUUUGCCGGCGGCUUCCGAGACGUCAACAACAUGUUUGAGCAACGGCCGGAGUUUGUGAUGGAGCUGACGUUUGCCGAAGCGGCGAAGGGCGUGGACAAGCAGCUCUCCGUCAACCUCGAGGAUGCCUGCCCGAGGUGCGACGGCAAGGGCAGCGAGCCAGGCACCAAAGUGUCGCACUGCCACUACUGCAACGGCACGGGCAUGGAGUCGGUACAGACGGGGCCCUUCAUGAUGCGCAGCGGAUGUCGACGCUGUGGCGGCAAGGGCUCCAUCAUAAUCACGCCCUGCGCUCUGUGCCGAGGUUCGGGUCAGACCAAGAAGAGGCAGACGGUCACGGUACCGGUUCCGGCUGGGGUUGAGCAUGGUCAGACUGUGCGCAUGUCAGUCGGCAAGAAGGAAGUUCUCAUUACGUUUCGGGUCCAGAGAAGCCCCGUGUUCAGGCGCAAUGGUAUCGACAUCCACUCCGACGUGCUGAUCUCUGUGGCCCAAGCCAUCCUGGGCGGCACCGCCACUGCGCAAGGCCUCCACGACACUAUCAGCAUCGUGAUUCCCGCAGGGUGCCAAGCAGAUCAGGUCAUCCGGCUGCAGGGGAAAGGCAUUCGCAGGAUGAACAGCUACAGCUACGGCGAUCACUACGUGCACAUCAAGAUCAGAGUGCCCAAGAAGUUGACGCGGAGGCAGCGUUCUCUGCUACUCGGUUAUGCCGAGGAGGAGGCGGACGUUCCUGGGACCGUUAAUGGUGUCAAUCCAUCUCCAGCUAAGCGUUUCACCGACACUGAAACAGGGGGAGGCAGCGUGUCACAUUCUGGUGAGAAGUCGAGCAGCUCAGAGGGAGAAGACAAACAAAAGAGUGAGGACCAGGAGGAGGCUGGCUUCUUUUCUAAACUCAAGAAAAUGUUUAGCUGAAAUUACGCACACAAGGUCAACAUGGCAAAAGAAGAGGAUGAAUCCGUGAGGAUGCAUGUUUGCAUCGAGGCAGUUGUAAAAGCUGUGGGUGGCGAAAGUGGCAAAGGACUGUGGUAAUUAGUGUAAAAUAUUGUUCGUCUUUUUGAAACUUGUCGCAAAGACUGUAAAAUAUAUAUUUAAAUAAAUUUCACAGGGUAAUUUCAAGAUUUCGCUCAUUUUAGUUGAUAUGUAAAUGCAGCCGGUGGCGUUAUCACUUGCUGUGUGGUUUUGAAGCACUGCAGGGCAAAACACUGGCCAUUGCCUUUCUGUGCUUUUUGGACCGCAGAAAAUGUUCUGUUCUCAGCGUGCGGUUUACACACGACAACCGUAGACAUCCUCACAAAAGCCGACUAAGGCGUCCUUGUUAAAGCCAAGUAUGCGCGUACACUCCAUGAGGCGGUUCUAUUGCACACAAAUGUUCCAAAUAAGUGAUUGAUUCCUUUUGCUACUUAUGUCUGUGCUGUGCUUAGAAACAAACAUGUUAUUGUGUUCUUAUUGGACCUAUAGCUGCAGGAUUUACAAAGCCAUAAAUCCAAAGAAUAAUCACUACUCAACAUCAGUCAGAACCACAAAAACAACAACCGUGCAAUAUGCAUGUAUACCACCACGAUCACAAUAGUGAAUAACAAAAAUGUAUCAUAGAAUUAAUAUAAACUCCAACUAAUAUAAUGUAAUACCUUUAUGAUGACGACGUUCUCUUUUAAUCUAGUACAAGCUCGUAACUUUUCAACUCAAUUAUUAGAAAAGUACUUUGAAAAUAUGCAUUUUUUUUUUUUUUACUUAAAACAAUUUUUUUUUUUUACUAAAAUUUAAAAAAUGACUGCUUUUUCUUUAAAACAUGCAACCUUUACUCGAAAGAAGAAGAGAUUAUAUAUGUAAAUAGAUUUGUGCAAUAGAAGCCUGCAGAUGACUAUAGAUGUGAUUUAUUGUUCUCUAAUAGGAAUUUGUAGUGGAACUGUUUGAGGCUUCAGGCUACGUCCCUAUUGCAUUUUCCAGCUAAUAAAUCACAGCUAUAGUCAUUGGCAGGCUUCUGUUGCACAAUUUAUUUAGGUAUGUAUUCGCAAUAAAAUGGAAUAAAUAUAUUCAAAUUUAUUGAGAUGUACCUGUGUUGUCUUUUGUCACACCAGUCCUGACACCUUGUAUAAACAUUGGAAACAAUCAUCGAAGGAUGUCCAUUGGGCUGGAUAGUGGCCAUCUCCUGGCAUGCAUAUAUAGUUUUAAAUGCAAUAAAAAUCUUUUUUUUUU